AUGUCAACUAUCAGCGCGAUUGAAACUGCACAAAUGUCCUCUGGCCUGCCCCAAGUUACUUCCGGUCUGUCCAAUAGUCAGACGUUUGGUACAGGAGCUUCUGAUGGCCAGCCCGGUCCAGGCUCUUCGAACACAACUCCAGGGCCUCCAGUCCUGAGCCCUGGCAAUAGUACGCCCGAUAGCACAGAUAGUCAGACCACUGGGCAAGACACAGUCGACUCAAUGUCUACCACCAGUACCGUAGUCUCUUCACAAAGCCCCUCACGACCCAGCAGUGGUCUGCUUCCAUCGACGUCAAUUGGAACGGGGCAUGCCAUAGGAACGCCGCCCAUUACGAACGGUCCUUCGGCUUUGGGCUCUCCGACUAUGCGCAGCAGCACUGCACCGCCAAGCACAACAUUUCCUGCUCAACUGCCCUUCUGCUCGACCUCUGGUGGCGGCUCCGCGUGCGGCGAGAACAACGGUACGACUUGCGCUGACGCCAACGGCCAAGCACACAGUCUGGAAUGCGAUGUCAUUCCCACAAGCGGCGUGGCCAUCCUUCUGGACUCACGGGUCGACAUAUGGAUGCAGUCGUUCCGGGAUCGUACGGAUUCCUGUGAUGUCGUAGAAGGAUGUACUGCUAUCGUAUACAUGAGUGAGGCCAGCACUUGUACCUUCUUUGCAUCGGUGGACGAAACCGGCUACUUUGAGGGAGCACAGUUCGCGGCCGUGCAGGAAGGUCUCGGAAUCCCGUCGGCGACAAUCUCGUAUAAUCCGCUGAGCACAACGGGUAUAGGAAUGGAAGAUCUUGCAUCGUCGACUUUUGCUUCGACUUGGCUCUUCGAGAUAACGGCGGGGUUGGGUGCGUCAAAGACGACUAGCCUGCAGACGUUCACUGCAUCUACAGGCUCGCCUGGGAGUGUCUCAGGACCGUCGCCUGGUGUUCCAUCAGCACCUGGCUCUAGUCAGUACGACUCUUCAUUUGGUGAUGACAGUGGGAUCCCUGAGCAAUACCAGAGCGACAGUGAACCUGAUUUGUGGCCAUCCAUGGGAACUUGGCCACUAGAUAGUGGCACCGACGACUCUCUGUCCUGGCUUACCCGGUCCUUAACGACCACCAACGCGUCACCGCCAAACUAUUCACCAACCACCUGGACAAACACAAUCCAGACCUCACAGACCACCCUAGCGACAAGCCCCAGCCCAGACUCCAGCGCCACCGUCUCCACAAGGACAUCGUUCUCUACCAGUUUCAGCGGUACGCUCAGUAGCGUAGCAGCAUCAAGCGCAUCGCAAGCGCACCUCAUCGUGACGAUAACACAAUUUCCUUCGCAAUGUCCGCUGGGGACAAAGACGGUAUAUACGACCGAGACCGUAACAUCUUGUCCAGUUGGCAUGCCUUGUGUAUCAUAG